CAAAAACCCCGAGCCGCGAGAGGCAGUUGGUGUUUUUCCGUGCAAAACGUCAUAUUAAUGGCUGCUGGAAGGUUACUACGGAGAACUUUCCGCUCUAUUACUUGGAAUUUUCUCGGUAGAGUGGUCGUAGUAGCAGCUGUGGCGGGAAUAACGCUGUUCCUUUGGAUAACUCAGUGUAAGGAUGGACGCGAAUAUCUCACUACCUCAAGUGAUAUCAAACACAUAAACAGUCUGGGAAAGCCCACAACUGAGCCAUCUCAAACGUAUUCCCUCGAACCAAAAUCUUUAACGAAGCGUCCUUCCAUUUGUCCCGACAGAGAUGCACUUAAAAGUUCGAAAAUAACAAAGUUGGGAAGCUAUCCAUUACAAUCACGUUUCCUUGCGAUUGGAAUAGCAUCAGUGGCAAGGCCUACGGGUGAAAUGUACUUACUGCAAACUACCCAGCGUUUACUUGACAACACAAGUCAGAGAGACAAGGAUAACAUAUACACUGUCAUCUUUCUUGCUGACUUGGAUGAAGCACCAAGAUCCACCGUAAGGGAAGAGCUUUCUCGAAAGUUCGGUGAAUACAUUGAACAAGGACUAUUGACAGUAAUUGAAACAUUUCCCGAAUUUUACCCAGAACUUAACAAUAUCAAAGAGAAAUAUGGUGACUCGGACAACAGACGAACGUGGCGUUCUAAGGAGAAUGUCGAUAAUGCAUUUGUAAUGUGCUACUGCAAAGAUUUCAGCCAAUAUUACAUCCAUCUGGAAGACGAUGUUAGAUCUUCUCCAAGCUUUCUCCCUAAACUGGAGCAUUUCAUCCACGACCAACCGAACCCACAUUGGGUAAUGUUAGAUGUGGCCAAACAGGGAAGUGUUGCGAAACUCUACCAAUCUCGCGAUUUGGAAAAUGCCGCGAUAUUCUACUACCUUCUGUAUGAUGAGAUGCCUAUAGACUGGUUAAUGAAUCAUUGGACAAAAAUAAAAUCUGUAGAAGACGCAGAAUUCUACAACAAACCACUGGCGUCGCUGUUUGAACAUAUUGGUGUUACAUCAACACUGAUCGAGAAAGCUCCUCAAGGGGCAAGUGUUGCAGAGCUCUUUUUCGACGAGUAUGAUCAAAAGUUUAAAGGAUGUAACCCCCCUGCCAUUGUGACUUCGUCCAUGUCUUCUAUCCAAGGCCAACCACAAGAUGCCUAUGAUAAAGGCGAUGGUUAUUUUUAUGCAGAGAGUUCCAAAAAUGAUGAUUACAUCUUGAUAAAGUUCAAGUUACCUACCACUGUUCUAAAAGUGUUUGUGGACACGGGUUCUCACAGAGCAAUUGACUAUCUGCUAUAUUCUGGUAUUCUGCAGGCCAGUUUUGAAUCAACGGAGUAUGGUGAAUUGACAAACGAGGAAGAUUCUUGUGGAUACUUUACUACUAUUGGAGCAUUUCGCAAGGGAAAAGUAGAGUUUUCUCCUAAUGAACCUAAAGAGGUCACUUGUUUACGAAUUGUAUUAACAGAGGAUUAUGGUGGUCGAAUUUUCUUUCGUGAGAUUGAUGUUUGGGAAUCGCUUACCAGCAAAAAGGAUGAUGUCUAGCUUAACUUUGCCCUACC